CAAAACACUCAACAGGUCCCGCCUCUUCCCGGAAGAUGACAGUCAUCUGAUUUUGUUAGCCAGCGUCAGAGCUAACCAGCAAAACAACUGUCCUGSCUUUUGUUUUCUUCAUUUUCAUCCUCUUUCUCCGUUUUGUCGUCUCCUAACAGAGGAUAAAAUAACUCCUCRGGUACCUUCGAACCAUGGACGAGACAAGUCCGCUUGUCUCUCCGCUCCGGGACUCUGGGGAUUUCAGCUACACGGAGCCUAACAGCCCCCGAGGCGCCUUCGGGAGCACACCGGGCUCCGUGGUGCGCAUCCCGGCCGGGAGUCCCGGACGGAGCCGGGAGAGGCAGCCGCUCUUGGACAGGGAGCGAGGACACGCUUCUCGGGAGCCGCACAGGAACGAGUUCCCGGAAGAUCCCGAGUUCAGGGAGAUCAUCCGCAAGGCCGAACGAGCCAUAGAGGAAGGGAUAUACCCAGAGAGGAUCUACCAGGGCUCCAGUGGAAGCUAUUUUGUCAAAGACUCUCAGGGGAAAAUUAUUGGUGUCUUCAAGCCAAAAAAUGAAGAACCGUACGGCCAGCUGAAUCCCAAGUGGACGAAGUGGCUCCAGAAACUGUGCUGUCCUUGCUGCUUCGGCCGCGACUGUUUGGUUCUAAACCAAGGCUACCUCUCAGAGGCCGGGGCCAGCCUGGUUGAUCAGAAACUGGAGCUCAACAUUGUCCCCCGGACCAAGGUGGUGUAUUUGGCAAGUGAAACAUUCAACUACAGUGCCAUAGACAGGGUCAAGUCUAGAGGGAAAAGGCUGGCUCUGGAGAAGGUGCCCAAAGUUGGUCAGCGCUUCCACCGAAUUGGACUGCCACCUAAGGUCGGGUCCUUCCAAAUGUUUGUCGACGGAUACAAGGAUGCAGAUUUCUGGCUGCGGAGGUUUGAAGCGGAGCCUUUGCCGGAAAACACAAACCGUCAGCUACAGCUGCAGUUUGAACGCCUYGUGGUCCUGGACUACAUCAUCAGGAACACGGAUAGAGGAAAUGACAACUGGCUGCUGAAAUAYGAUUGUCCCAUGGACUCUGGUGGGAACAGGGACACAGAUUGGGUUGUAGUCAAGGAACCCAUCAUCAAGCUGGCAGCUAUAGACAACGGCCUUGCCUUUCCUCUCAAACACCCCGACUCCUGGAGAGCUUACCCAUUCUACUGGGCAUGGCUGUCCCAAGCCAAGGUGGCUUUCUCCAUGGAAAUCAAAGAGCUGGUGCUUCCCAAACUAUCUGAUCCGAACUUCAUCAAAGACCUGGAAGAGGACCUCUACGAACUAUUUAAGAAAGAUCCGGGCUUCGACAGGGGACAGUUUCACAAGCAAGUGUCUGUCAUGAGGGGCCAGAUCUUAAACCUGUGCCAAGCACUGAAAGACGGUAAAUCCCCGCUCCAGUUGGUCCAGAUGCCCCCGGUUAUUGUUGAAACGGCGAGAGCGCCUCAGAGAGCCAACAGUGAAUCCUACACACAGAGUUUCCAGAGCAGAAGACCCUUCUUCACCUGGUGGUAGUGCAGAAGAAAAGCAGCAGCAGCAGAUCGCCGCGCUGACGGAGCGUCCGUGCACGGAUGGAGGAGAAAACUGAAUUUUUGUGUAGGGAAGAAAAAAAGGUCCUGCCACCUCUCCUCUCCUUUGUUUUUUUGUUUUUUUUGCGGCAGGAGGAAAGUUAUUGGAUGUAGGAAUGAGGCCAAAAGAAGAGGAAUUCCCCAGAAUAUCUUCCCUGUUUGCAUCCGUGCCUUGUGUGAAUCUGAUCGAAGAAGGUUCUGUGCAAUGACAUUUCUCUGCACUCAUGGGUGCAUGCUAUGGUUGCUCACACACCCACUUGCACACCACUCAGAGCCCUCGCGUUC